AUGGUUUCUACUACGAUUCAGGACCGGACGAAUGAGUUCCGAACCAUCCUCACCCAGGCUCAAAAGCGCCAGACUGCCCCAAAAGGCCCGCAGCGACAGUCUCUCCUGAGUGAUGCUCAAAAAAAUGAUGCUAAUGGCCCCGUUCAAGGUGGCAGGUCAGAAUUUGCUCGCAAUGCUUUGCAGAUCGGUCGCGGUAUUAGCGCCACCAUGGGGAAGCUAGAGAGACUUGCUCAGCUUGCCAGGAGAAAAGCCAUUUUCGACGACCGGCCAGUCGAGAUCUCCGAAUUGACAUAUGUCAUCAAACAGGACCUUGCCGCCCUCAACUCCCAGAUCUCUUCUCUCCAGCAACUCACCCAAUCGCAACAUCCAACCGCCUCUCUACCCCGUUCCGCCGAUCAGGAGGGUCAGCACAACAAAAAUGUGGUUCUGAUGCUCCAGAACAAGGUCACCGAUGUCGCCGCCAACUUCAAGGAUGUUUUGGAGGUGAGAACGAAGAAUAUACAAGCCUCGCGAUCCAGAACAGAGAAUUUCGUAUCUUCGGUUUCUGCCCGCUCACAGUCCCACCUCGAUGAUUCAAGAUCCGAGUCCCCCUUAUACUCAGGUGCAGCAAGUCGACAACGAACGCCGCAAGCAUCCACCAACGAUCUUCUGACUCUCGAACCUUCUUCUACAUCUACGUUAAUGAAAAAUGGCCCUCAAUCCGAUCAUCAAAUACUACUCAUGGAGGAAGCCCAGCCGACUAAUACCUAUAUCCAAGAAAGAGGCCAAGCCAUCGAGGCAAUAGAAAGGACCAUCAAUGAGUUGGGAGGUAUUUUUGGACAGUUGGCCACUAUGGUCUCUGAGCAGGGAGAAAUGCUCCAGAGGAUUGAUGCCAACACCGAGGACGUGGUCGAUAAUGUUCAAGGUGCUCAACGUGAGCUGUUGAAGUAUUGGAACCGAGUCCAGGGCAAUAGAUGGUUGGUGGCCAAGAUGAUGGGUGUGUUGAUGAUAUUCUUCCUGCUAUGGGUAUUAAUCUCUGGGUGA